GCUGAGUUUUCAGCCAUCAAGACACUCGCUAAGAAGUUAUUUUGCUAAAAUGGCAAAACUAAUUCCCACCUGUAUGCUAUUACUGGCCCUUGUACAGUGGGCAUAUGCAGGAAAUCCAGAUGAAGCCUUGAAUAAUCAUAUACGCGAGCAGAUUCAAGGAUUCGAAUCGAUACUGGCCAAGGAUGAUGGUUCGCAUAAAGUCGAUUUGGAGAAAUUGAUAAAGCUUUACGAAUCGGCCCUCCAGAAGGAUAAUUACGAUGAAAAACAGGCUAUCAUUAAAGGUGUUCCACAACAAUUCUCCUCGGAUUUCGAAGCCUUCAUUCAACUGAAACUCCAGGAAUAUCAAGUUAAUGAGGAUAUUGUCGCUGCCGUUGAGUUCUACAAAAAUCUAUUACAGAAAAAUCAAUAUAAGGCUGAUAUAGAAAAGACCCUGGCCACUCUAGAGGCUUUGCAGAAAGAGCCAGAGGUGGAGAAGAGAAAGGCUAGCCUUAGCAAUUUGGAUAAAUCAUUUAGUCCAGAGUUCUUGAAUUUCCUCAAACAAGAUGCUUUGCCCAAACUGAAUCAUGACAUUCAGAGUGCUGUGGACUUUUUUGAUAACCUGUUAAAGGAGUCGAAUGUGCAAUUCGUUGAGGAAAUCAAAGCCCUAAAGGCUCAAGCUGAACAUGCUCUCGGUGCUGAUGUCUCCAUUGAUGAUAAGCAGAAGGCCCUUAAUGAAGUAACAAAUCCACCAAAUCAAGAAUUGACCCAAUAUCUCCAGAAGAAAUUCAUUGAGAACCAAUAGACAAUUCAGUUGUCAUUCAAGUAUUCAAAUGUAGACACUUAUUUUGAUGUGUCAAACAAUAUUUACUCACUUCUAGCUGUUAUCGAAAAGCACACCGAAUUCCGAAUAAAUAAAACAAAUUUGUUAAUUACAUAUUAUA